CAGUCCGCUCCCCCCGCCACCCGCGCCAGCGCAAUUGAAGCCGUGUAAAUGGCGAAGUCAGUCGCUGCCACUGUAUUGUACGGGGACCACGCUGCGUCGCACCACUCGCACCGCAUCACAAAAUGACGCGAAAACUGAGCGACACGGAAAACUUGAAGCUUAUUCAACUAUACCGCGAUAAUGAAUGCCUGUGGGAUAAUAAAUCACAAAAUUAUAGAAAUAGAGAAAUGCGUGCAACAUCAUUACAGAAUAUUGCACGAGUAUUGAAUUUAGAAGGGUUUGGUCCUACCGAGCUCAAAAAUAAAAUUAAAAACUUGAGGGCAACUUACUACUUGGAACUGGAUAAAAUUAAAAAGUCCUCAAAAUCAGGCGCUGGUGGAAAUGUGUAUAUCCCAAAAGUGAAAUGGUUCGAAGAAAUGGACGCUUUUAUAAGAAAUGUAUCUAUACAAAGGAAAACAACAGAUAAUUCUGAUACUCCCAGAAAUAUUCCUGUUUCUGGUGAUGAUGAUGAUGAUGAAGAUGAGAUAAGAUCAGAGAGAAGACAGCUUAGUAAUGCUGAAAAUAAUAACAAUGGGAAUUCACCAGCUUCAGAAUCCGGGCCGACCACACCAAACUCCAAUCAACCGCAAAGACCGAGGUCAAAACGUAGCAAACUGUCUCAGAUGUCCGAAAUGAUAAAAGACAUAAAAAAUGUAUCACAUAGUAUCAAUAUGCCAUCAGACGAAGAAAAUGAUUGUGAUAUUUACGGAAAGCAUGUGGCUUCUCAGUUAAAAAAACUCUCUGAGGAACAAUGUAUAAUAGCACAGGAAGAAAUUCAGAGAAUAAUAUCUAAGUGUAGACUGGCAGAUCUAGAAAAGAGAAGAAGAAACGUGAAUAUCUACCCAAAUACACAAUUUUCUAUGAGGGCCACUACUAGUACACAGCCUCAGCAGAACCGUUAUACUCCUAGUCCAGCUUCUACGACAAACAGCGGCAACAGUAGCUCCUUAGGAUUUUAUCCCACCCAGUCUACACAGACAGCUGUCCCCAGUAGUAGCUCUAUGGGAGUUUACUUUUCAUCGCCAACUGAAGGUCCAAGAUAUGUAGAUCCCAGUCAGGUGCUCAUCAGUGUCGCCCGUCCUGAUGUUGAGUGGGAAAGCGACAAUGCAAGUGCAACUAAUGUUAUUGAUUAUGCUUUUGAUACAGCUUAG